AUGGGCACUCGAGCUAAAUCUAUAAACUCAUGGUUGGAAAAUGAGCAAUCUGGUGAUAACAUUCUAGCAAUCUUUGGCAUGGGAGGGGAAAAGAGGGCAAGAAUAUCAAGUGUUUCUGAGGGUACAAGGAAGGUUGAGGAAGCCUUACAAGUGAAAAGGGUUCUUAUUGUUAUUGAUGACAUUGAUGAUCAUGACCAAUUAGAUGCUCUACUUGGAACAUGGGUUUCUCAUACCCAAAGCAAGAUCAUAAUAACAACUAGGCUUUUAGAUAUACGUGCAUGGUUCAGGUCCAUAUCUUGGGAGUGUGAGGUGCAAAAAUCUGAAUUGUUGAAUGAUGAGGAAUCAUUACAGCUUCUGAUUUGGGAUGCAUUUGGAUCCAAAAUUCGUAUGGAAGGUUUCAAGGAUCUCGGCAUACAGGUAGCACAAUAUUGUGGUGGAAAUCCACUAGCUCUUAAAGUAUUAGGUUCUUCUCUGUUUUUUGAUGCUGAAGAGUCAAGGUCAAAAAAUAGCAUGACAGAGGUUUGGAGAAGUACAUUGAAUUCACUGAAUUCAUUGAAAGGAGAUCUUGAUUGUAAAAUCCAAGAUAUACUACAAAAGAGCUUUGACUCAUUACCUUAUGCUAGUAACAAAGAGUUGUUUCUGCAUAUUGCUUUCUUCUUUGUUGGUGAAUAUGAGGGUUAUGUGGUAAAGAUUAUGGAGAAUGACUGGCAUGCAAAAGCUAGGAUCAGGACCCUCAUUAAUAGAUGCCUUCUUACUGUCUCACCAAGUAAAAAACUAAUGAUGCAUCAAUUGCUUCAAGAGAUGGCAAGAAACAUAGUCCUUCAAGAGUCCAAAGAUCCUGCAGCACGUAGUAGAGUCUUGCAAAAUGAUGAAUCUUAUCGUUUGUUGACAAAAGGAGAGGGUUCAAAAACAAUUGAAGGUCUAUCACUUGACAUGCAAAAGCUCAAAGAAGGGAUGAUGUCAAAUGUUCUUAAUUCAAUGAAGAUCCUAAAUCUUAAAGGGUCGUUCGAUCUUGUCAGUAUCCACCAUCUUUCCAGACUUCCUAAUCUUGAGACUUUGAUUCUCUCGCACUGUAUCAAUCUCAGUUUGACUCAUGUUUGUGAAAUCAUCGGAGGUCUUAAGAAGCUUUCUCUAUUGGACUUUGGAUGGUGUAAUCAUCUUGGGAAGGUUGCAUCAAAUAAGUAUGAAGAUCAACCGUUGGUCCCCUAUCCAGACUCGUUAAAGAUUCUGUUUCUUAAUGACUGGAACAUUGAUGGAAUAGAUGAUGAUCCAUUGUUUUUAAUUGAAGAGCUGCCCUUCUUUUACAAUCACAUGAAUUUGGUUAGUAAUUCGUUAAUGCUCCUGACCAAUUACACUUAUUAUGAAAUGCUUCGGGUAUUCGAUGUGCUGUAUGAAUAUGGUAUAAUGAGCACAUACCUUCAAGGCAUAAAGGCUCAAAGCUUGCCAACGUCUGAGUGUGGUGUCAGCCUUGAUUUCAUAGAUGAUGGUGAAGAAGAGCUAAAAUACAACAAAAAUUACAAGAAAGAGGAAGAAGUAAUUGGAGGAGAUCUAUCUGAAUUUGAGCUGACUACAGGAGCCUACUAUCUUUGUCGUCGCGAUUACUUCAAGUCAACCACUCCUGAUUGGUUAAAUAUAUUAUUUGGUGAUACCAUUUCACAUAAAGGUAAGUUCCUCUUUGAGCUGAUGCUUUCAUCAAGAUUAAGCAGCAAAUACUGA